CAAGAAAACCCCAAUGAAUUUCAAAAACCUACAACCGCCCAUGACGGAAUUACCGUCAAGUGGAGGCUCGCGCGCCAAAAGAUAGAAACCAGACCCGCAGCUACCAUCCUGCCCCUAGCAGGCAUGGCAUCCAACAACGGAUGAUGGGUCAACGAUGCUAAUUUUCAUUUCAAGUUCAUGGAUGGCUGUGGUAGGCUAGCGAUCGUGGCGGCUUGCGCACGCUAUCCUCGAGACGCGACAGCGCAACUUUAGUCUUAAUCGAGACUUCAACCGCGGCGGAAGGAUUUAACGGUUAGGUGAAAGACUUCCGAAGGCACGACCACGACCGCUUCCAGUAAUAAUGCGAAUUUCGAAGGUGUCGCUAAUAUAACGGUAGAAUAUUAAUUAGUUUUAUCUGAUUUGUGAAAUCGGUGUCGAAUCGACACAUCAUCGGAGAGUGGUGGUGAUCGAUCAAACGGUUUGCGACAGGAGAAAUGGCGCUUUCGGUGAAAUUGUGUGUAUUGGCCAUUGCGAUCGGGAUCUUGUGCAUCGGUUCCGGUGAUGCGUUUUUCUUCUUGCUAAAAUCGUUGGCUCACAUCGGGCGGUACGACGACGGCUACGACGACCAAUACAACUAUGUGCAACCUACUUAUGGAAAUCCACAGGUGAAGGAGAUUCCGGAGUAUGAUUUUAUUAUCGUGGGAGCCGGUCCUGCCGGGUGUGUGCUUGCAAAUAGGCUGUCCGAAAAUUCACGAUGGAAGGUUCUAUUGUUGGAGGCGGGACCGGGCGAGAACGAGCUGAACAACAUCCCGAUAUUGACAACGUUUUUGCAGAAUUCACAAUACAACUGGGCCGAUGUUGCGGAAGCUCAGAACGACUCUUGCUGGGGUAUGAUCGACCAACGAUGCAGCAUACCCCACGGUAAGGGCCUUGGCGGUUCUACGCUCAUCAACUACAUGAUGUACACACGGGGAAAUCCGGCUGAUUAUGAUCGUUGGGCCUCCAUGGGAAACCCAGGAUGGUCCUAUAGCGAUGUUUACCCAUACUUCCUGAAAACCGAACGAGCCUCUUUGCGAGGAUUGGAAAACUCUUCCUACCAUGGGUACGAUGGGGAGCUAAGCGUGGAGUUUCCACCGUUCCGAACGGACCUGGCCCGGACGUUUGUGAAGGGAGCUCGGGAAAUUGGUCACAAGAAGAUUGACUACAAUGGUAAAGGUCAGCUUGGUGUGUCGUAUGUGCAGACGAACACAAUAAAUGGAAUGCGGCAAACUGCAUACCGUGCAUUGAUCCAGCCUAUUCUGGCGAACAGGCCGAAUCUACACGUGAAAGCCUAUAGCAGGGUGAUCAAGGUUUUGAUUAAUCCAAACACAAAGAGUGCGUAUGGGGUGACUUAUACGAAAAAUUUCCGGAAUUUCGAUAUACACGCAAGGAAGGAAGUUAUUGUUACUGCCGGUGCCAUAAAUACACCGCAGUUGUUGAUGCUAUCGGGAGUUGGACCUGAGGAUACUCUACAAGAUAUUAAAGUUCCAGUAGUCCAGAAUCUUCCGGUGGGACAAAACAUGAUUGAUAGCAUUGUAUUCAAUGGGUUGACGUUCGUGCUAAAUGAGACUGGUCAUGCUUUACUUACUGACAGUAGGUUUCAGUUGAAUUCUAUAGCAGAUUACUUCAAUGGGCAGGGGCCUUUGACGGUACCUGGAGGAGUGGAAGCUGUCGACUUCUUGCAAACAAGUCGUGCCGAACAGCCGGGCGUACCAGAUAUUGCAGUAAUUUUCUCAACGGGAUCUCUGGUAUCCGAUGGAGGACUAGGCUUACGUAGCGGAAAAAGAAUUAAAACUAGUCUAUACAAUAAAGUUUACAAACCGUUAGAGACUCUACCGAACGAUCAGUGGACCGCUACCGUGUCAUUACUUCAUCCUAAAUCCAGAGGCUUUAUCAAGCUGCGAAAUGCAAAUCCAUUCAACAGUCCAAAGAUAUACACAAAUUAUCUGACGGAGGACAACGAUGUGGAAACGUUGCUCGAAGGAAUUAAGGAGGCUGUACGGCUAUCAAAAUCUCCGUCGAUGAAGCGUUACGAUGCACGGGUACUCGGAAUACCGCUCCCCAACUGCAAGCAAUACGAGAUUAGUAGCGACGACUACUGGCGUUGUGCCAUCCGAACGCUUUCUAGUACGGCAUACCAACAGCUUGGCACAUGCAAGAUGGGACCUCAUGGCGACCCAACGGCUGUCGUAUCAGCAGAACUGGAAGUUCAUGGAGUAGAAAACCUAAGAGUUGCCGAUGUGAGCGUUGUCCCAACUACAAUUUCCGGACAUUCAGCUGCCAUUGAUUAUAUGAUUGGCGAGAAGGCGGCAGACCUGAUAAAACAGCGAUGGGCAAUGUGAUCAAAAAAUUACAAUUUUAUUUAUUAGAGGUCCCAUGCAGCAUGACUUCAUCCGAGAUAGUAAGGAUCUUACAAUGUAAGAUAUUACGUUUAACUAUAAGCAAGCUAAUUUAUUACAUUUUUUAGAAUUAAAUGAUUUUGAUACAUAGCAUAACAUAGCAUUACUGUUCCGAAAGAUUCCUCAAUUUCUGUUACUGCUCCCAGCACAACAACAUGAUACACCGUAUCGAAACAGCACACUUUACCAAACAUAUCUCCUCAUUUACCAUGUUGAUACCCCUCCAAUCGAUAAUUUAUUCAGCUCUGCUGAACAUCACCCGAACCACCACGAAGAAGUUCUUAAUGUAGGUAUUAUCAAGAACCACCCACUAGAAAAAGUACACAAUUAAAGUGAUGCAGCAUUUCUAUUCACGAGACGGUUGUUAACCAGUUACCCUUCGCGUUCCAAAUCAUGUUGCCUGCAGCCGGAGUAAAUUUAGUUCUGAUUCAUUCCUCGUGUCGUCCCUAUGCAGAAAGGACCCCUUUUUUAAAUCAAGUUUUGUUUGAAACGGCCAGACAAAAUUCCCCUUCCAUUUGGCAACAGUGAUUAGUGAAUUGUCUGGUUCAUAUAUUACACCAGGAAUCGUGGGUUUAUUAUCGCAUAUAACACACAUGGAAUUACGUCACCAAAUAAAUUCAUCAUGUUGAAACUACUUUAGCGCGCAUUAGGUCACUAAAACAGAACAAAACAAAAAAGUUUACCUUACUGGUGUCUUUCCGUGAAAUAUGGUUCAUGUCUACAAAUCAAGAAUAUAUUUUUGAUGCAUGCACUUACAAACGUUCAAAAUCAUCAACGAUAUGGGAUGAAUUUCAACGGUAUGGGGUAAAAUUAGAAUUUUCCAACAUAUGUAGAAUGUUUUAUAAGCAUACUCAGAGUGCUGAACAUUUUGUAUUAGGUUAGGAUGGUUUAACCCUGAACCGUAUUCUGAUCAUAUACCUUUUAAAUUAAGCCUGACAGUUCUUUUAA